AGUGUGUGGCCUUGUUUUCAAUGAAAAUUUCUGACUGCGGCCCGGACGCAACAGGGCGGUAUAAAAGGUACAGACGGCCGGAGAAUGGCAUCCCAGUGGUCGGCCAGCUCUCGUGGUGGUUACAUCUUCCGAACCCGUGGAAUUACCCCCAACCGGAUCCGCGAUGGCUCGUAUGUCUGCACUGGUGAUCUGCGCCCUGGCCUGCGUGGCGGUCUGUCAAGGCUCGCUCCAGAAGCGUGACACUGAGUACGCUCAGGAGCUGGGAUCCCCCGAGUACAGCAACAACUACUAUCAGCAGCAGUACCGGCCGCGGCCCGUCAAAAAGGCCUCCUACUCGCCCUUCGGAUGGGUCCAGAACCUGUUCCGCCGCAGCUCGUACGAUUCGUACGACUCGGGCAGCAGCGGUUACUCGGCGCCCAGCUACGGACCCUCCUACCACGCCCCCGCCAAGGGAGGACCCGGCAUUGCCGACAGUGAGUUAGAGCGAGGACGAGGGAAUCGGCGAGAGGAGAUAGAGGGAGGGAGGGAUGGGAGAA